GUUUCUGUUCAGCCAGGAUUCAGUGGAGUUGGAAUAAUGUCAUUGCAAUGUAAAGAGCUUCUUUUUUUGUGUGUGCAGGAAUUGAGUUUACCCACCUUUUUCUUUUUCUAGGCUGGCAUAAAUCUUUCUGACUUAAAUUCAUAGCACAUAUCAUAGGAAGUAGCAUCCAGCUGACCCAGAUAACAUAAAUCAAUGCUUUUGUGAAAAUAGGACAGUUUUUAGUUGGGAGGUUGUUUGCUUCAAGAUAUUCAACAACUGGAGGCCACAGCUUUUCUUGUCUUUUUUUUUUAACUCAAAACUGCAUCACUGGAUUUAACCAUCAAAUGAACUCCAGAGCUUCUGAUUACCCUCCAAAAAUACGUCCGUUAAAUUGAGAGCAUUUUUCCCCCCCUUUUUCUUGUGCUUGUGGCUGCAUCAGGAGGUCUGGUAUAAAAAGCCCACAGUGGCCACUUUACUAUCAGUCAGGGAGGUCAGACAGAAGGGAAGCUCAGGGUUGCAAGGAGACACACAGCGAAGCCGGACUGCAGUGUGUCGUGGUCGAGUUGGUCGGUCGGGUCGCUGCUGCUGCUGCUGCUGCUGCUGCUGCUGGGAGACUUCCUGGGCUUCUUGAGCGGCUCUGAAGGAUGACCGCUGCACGGCUCGCUGUUGAAUCCCGGUGAACGAACGGCGUCUCAUGUCCAAACGGCGGAAGGAUGGCUCAUGGCAAAGUGACCAUCACGGUGGACGAGUACAGCUCCAACCCCACACAGGCCUUCACACAUUACAACAUCAACCAGAGCCGCUUCCAACCUCCACAUGUCCACAUGGUGGACCCCAUUCCUUAUGACACUCCCAAGCCAGCAGGACACACCAGGUUUGUGUGUGUGUCCGACACACACUCGCGUACAGACGGCAUCCAGAUGCCCUACGGCGACGUGCUGCUGCACAUGGGUGACUUCACCGAGCUGGGCCUGCCCUCCGAGGUUAAGAAGUUCAACGACUGGCUAGGUGGCCUCCCGUAUGAGUUUAAGGUGGUGAUCGCCGGGAACCACGAGCUGACCUUUGAUAAGGACUUUAUGGCCGAGCUGGUCAAGCAGGAUUACUACCGAUUCCCCUCAGUGUCCAAACUCAAACCAGAGGACUUUGACAAUGUCCAGACGCUCCUCACAAACUGUGUGUACCUGCAGGACUCGGACGUUACCAUAAAGGGAUUCAGGAUAUACGGGGCGCCAUGGACUCCGUGGUUUAACGGCUGGGGGUUCAACCUGCCUCGGGGUCAGUCUCUGCUGGAUAAAUGGAACCUCGUCCCUGAAGGCAUCGACAUCCUGAUGACCCACGGACCUCCGCUCGGUUUCCGAGACUGGGUCCCUAAGGAGCUGCAGCGGGUCGGCUGUGUGGAGCUGCUCAACACGGUCCAGAAGAGGGUGCGACCCAAACUUCAUGCCUUCGGAGGCAUACACGAAGGCUACGGGAUCAUGACCGACGGCUUCACGACGUUCAUCAACGCGUCGACCUGCACUGUCAGCUUCCAGCCCACCAACCCCCCCAUCGUGUUCGACCUGCCCAACCCCUCCAGCUCCUGAGACCAGAGGACGGGGGUCGGGAGGGUCGCGGGUGCGAGAAACUACUUCUUUUUUUUUUCUAUAAAUAUGUCAAGUUAAAAAAAAACAAUGAAAAAAAACUAUGUGUUUCUUUGCAAACUUUUGAUCUUCUCCAAGCUGUUGUUGAGAUUGAGAAGAUUUGGAGACGCGGGGCAGGGUGGGAAGUUUGUCUGGGAGGGUUAAAGGAGAAUACCGGUGUUUUAUUGUUUUUCUAAUUGUGCCAGCAAUGCUGGUUUCCCUCGUAGAUUGUAGUUUUUCUACACACAGCGUUAGCGUAGUUGCAGAUAUCGGAGCUUGUUUCUUUCCAGAAGAACAAGAAUGUUUUUCAAUCUCAUUUCAGUCUGAAAAACAACUUCCACAAAGGGAGAUGACCCAUGAAGAAACUUUGUCCUGAUUUUAUCGCGCAGAGUUGAGCAUUUUUAUACCAACGCAACUCAAUGUUAGGUUCUGCUUCCUGUUAAUCGAACAUACGUUGCUAUUGUGCAGAAUGCCAGAAGAGAGCAAUGACUCAAAGUGCUCUUUGGAUGCUUUUAAAUAGACUUUAGUGGUCCCCUAAUACUGGAUCUGAAGUCUCUUUUAAAUAGACCUUAGUGGUCCCCUAAUACUGUAUCUG